AUGGAAGCUCAUAGACAACCCUUGAGGGAUAUUGGGACCAAUUCACCAACCGUCAAAAGACAAAAGCUAAGCAACAACGGUGCACAAUCCACAAAGCAUGAACUGCGUCAAGAAAUAGCUGCGAAUGAUCUUUCAGACUGGCAGAGGAGUUGGAGACGUAUAAUGAGAGAGUCGGUCAUUUACUUUGAUAGUAAUGAUAUUUCAACAGGUGAGUUCUCGUCAAUCAAGAAGAAAGAGAAGGAAAAAGCCAUCAAGCUUUUUACACAGGUCGGUGCCACAAUUCAGCAAUUUUUUGAUAAUAGAGUAACAAUUGUUGUUUCAAGACGCAGUAGAACUGACCUUCCUAGAAAUAUGCUUCAAUCUCCACAUCCUUUGAAGUUUUGGAAUUAUGAGAAAGUUUUCAGGUUUUUAAAGAAUCUAGGUGAAAUAACGUCACCGGUCCAGACUGCUCAGAAGAAUGCCAGACAUUUAUCAUCUCUAUUACAUGAUGAGAAACUACAUGGUCCAAAUGAUCGUGAUCCAAACGCCAAAAGAGAAGAUUUCAACUAUUUCAAACACCCUUUUUUUUACGUUUAUGAUUUACGUCAGGUAACUAGACCAGUUGCUGUUAGAGAAUGGAAAGUUAAAGAUACAAGUUCUAGCAAAACACCUUGGCCUCAUGUCUUCACAUCCACCUAUGGUAGAUCACCAUUUCUAGCUGAUCCAGCUGAUAUACAUUUACCUAGAAAAACGGAGCGUCGGAGAUUGAGAGACGAGCAAAACAAGAGAUAUAGAGAUAAGCUUCGUGUGGUUUAUAAUGACUUUGAUCCCCAAUUAAUUGAGUCUAAUCCAUUCUCUGAUGAUUCAGAUGUUGAAAGUGAUUCUACAUUAUGUGAGCGCGAAAGCACAUUGAAUAUGCCUCCACCUCUUCCAGAAAAUAGUCUUGUUUUAUCAAGGCAACCAUCAUUGAUUUCCAAUAAAUUCAUGGAAGCUACCAAAAGGGAUAAUUUUGAAAUACAGGCGUCAGGAUUUAAUGGAUCAACAAAUGUUUCUCAACAAUCCACAGAAGUGCAAACUAAAAAUGGUUUGGCACCAAUUGGUUCCUCAGUUGCUUCAAAACAAGUCAAUUCCUUAACUAAGAAAUUGAUUGUUAGAAAGCAGAAACUUUCAAAAACACAAGCUUCAAAGAAUAAACCAAAAGUUGCUGGUUAUUGUGAAAACUGCAGAAUACAUUUUGAUGAUUUUGAUGAACACAUUGAAAGCGGAAAACACAGAUCAUUUGCUACGGAGAAUUCCAAUUUCAGAGAUAUUGACGACCUAAUUGACAAACUUAAUGAUGACAUUGCAUUUAAAAGAUAG